AUGGCGUAUAAAGUGGAUCAAGAAUACGACUAUCUGUUCAAGAUCGUGUUGAUCGGAGAUUCGGGCGUGGGGAAAUCCAACAUCCUCUCCCGGUUCACCCGAAAUGAGUUCUGCCUGGAGUCUAAAUCCACCAUCGGCGUCGAAUUCGCCACCAGGACUCUCCAGGUCGAUGGCAAGACGGUUAAGGCUCAGAUAUGGGACACGGCCGGGCAGGAGCGGUACCGCGCCAUCACCAGCGCUUACUACCGAGGCGCGGUCGGGGCGUUGCUAGUCUACGACAUAACCAAGAGGCAGACGUUCGACAACGUCCACCGGUGGCUCCGCGAGCUCCGCGACCACGCCGACUCCAACAUCGUCAUCAUGUUGGCCGGGAACAAGUCCGACCUCAACCACCUGAGGGCGGUCUCGACCGAGACGGCGGAGGCCAUGGCCGAGAGGGACAACCUGUCGUUCCUCGAGACGUCGGCGCUGGAGGCGCUCAACAUCGAGAACGCGUUCCAGAAGGUCCUGCUCGACAUUUACCACACCAUCAGCCGGAAGGCGCUGGCCGCGGAGGAGGCGGCCUCGCACCCCGGGGUGCUCCCCCACGGCACCACGAUUAACGUCGGGAAUUUCUCGGGUAAUUUCGGCAAGAGAGCUUGCUGUUCAAAUUAA